ACCAAUCGCGUUUCAUUGGGCGGGGUUUGAUCGCUAAUCCAGGAUGUGAAUGUUUCGUUUAGUACGUACAACUGGCAAAGAUGUUUACAAUAAAUAUAUUCCGUGUUUUUAUUCUUAGUUGCAGUGACCAUGAAGAAAACAAAUAGAUGAAAGCCGUAGACGUUUAUCUCUCGCUUUGUUUGCACUUUGCAUGAGCAGCGGGGAUUGAAUGGUCACUGAUUGCUGUCCUCGGUUGGGAUUGCAUCUUGGCCUGUCAGUGUACUGCUGCUACAGUCAUGUUUAAUUCAUAAAGAUGGCAACGAGGGGCACCUUAUAAACUAAAUGACUGUCAGAAACAUCGCCUCCAUUUGUAAUAUGGGCACCAAUGCCUCUGCUCUGGAGAAAGACAUUGGUCCAGAGCAGUUUCCCAUUAAUGAACACUACUUUGGAUUGGUCAACUUUGGGAACACAUGUUACUGUAACUCAGUGUUGCAGGCUCUGUAUUUCUGCCGGCCGUUCAGGGAGAAUGUGUUGGCGUAUAAAGUCCAGCAGAAAAAAAAGGAGAACCUUCUCACCUGUCUGGCCGACCUCUUCCACAGCAUCGCCACGCAGAAGAAGAAGGUGGGCGUGAUCCCUCCCAAGAAGUUCAUCUCACGUCUGCGGAAGGAGAAUGACCUGUUUGAUAACUACAUGCAGCAGGACGCCCAUGAGUUCCUGAACUAUCUGCUGAACACUGUGGCUGACAUUCUGCAAGAGGAGAAGAAACAGGAGAAACAGAAUGGACGGCUGAAGAACAAUGGCACUGCCAUCGCCACAGACACCGAGCCGGAACAGAACAAGGCCGAGCCCACCUGGGUUCAUGAUAUCUUCCAGGGCACGCUGACCAAUGAGACGCGCUGUCUCAACUGUGAGACGGUCAGUAGCAAGGAUGAAGACUUUUUGGAUUUGUCUGUAGAUGUUGAGCAGAACACUUCAAUAACACACUGUCUCAGGGACUUCAGUAAUACAGAGACCCUGUGCAGUGAGUAUAAAUACUACUGUGAGACGUGCUGUAGCAAACAAGAGGCACAGAAACGUAUGCGUGUGAAGAAGUUGCCCAUGAUCUUGGCUCUUCAUUUGAAGCGCUUUAAGUACAUGGAGCAGCUGCAUCGGUACACUAAACUGAGCUAUCGUGUGGUCUUUCCACUGGAGCUCCGCCUCUUCAACACCUCCGCUGACGCUGUCAACCUCGACCGCAUGUAUGACCUUGUCGCUGUGGUGGUUCACUGUGGCAGUGGCCCAAACAGAGGGCAUUACAUCAGCAUCGUGAAGAGUCACGGCUUCUGGCUGCUGUUUGAUGAUGACAUUGUGGAGAAAAUUGAUGCACAGGCAAUAGAAGAGUUUUACGGUUUGACCUCUGACAUUUCCAAAAACUCUGAGUCAGGAUACAUCCUGUUCUAUCAGUCCAGAGAAUGAAGGAGCAGAGGGGGGACAAAUGAAGAGCUGAGGAGGAUCACGAGAAGAGAUCAAAAGGAACGGUAUACGUGAAGAUGACAUCCGCUAGAUUCCUUUUCCACAUCCUUCUCCUUUUCCUCAUCUCAUACUUAGGGUCUCCAGCUGAGACUGAGUGCCAAAAGCUCUCUUUAACCCUAUUUGCCAAUAUGACAUUUCCCAGAAGUUCCAUUCUCCUAAAUCUCGCUGCACUCUGGGGGAAUAAAUCACAUCUUCAAAUCUGACCCUCAAGUCAGUCACCUGCAUCUGAAAGGCACUUUAUAAACAAAACAACAAUAAGUAACACAAAAGCAACACAAUGAAAAAAAUCACAACAUAUACAACUACAAUACUUGUGAAAACUUGAAGGAAUCAAAAAGCUACAAACGGAGCAAUGAGUACUGGUACUCUAGCAAGAGUCACUGCUUCUGAUUGGUCAGUGCCUCUCAUCCUGGGUAUCUGAAACCAGGAAGAGGGUUUCUCUCUCUUGAUCCCUGGCUUAAGAUCCCUGGCUUCACUUCAGAUGUUUUGUACUGUGAUGCCCACCCAUCAGUCCUCAUUCGUACAACUCUUACCCAGUAGCUGGUGAAUCCGCACAUCCUAGUUCAGUCUUGGUCAUCUGAGGGGCUGUUUGCACUGUGUGACCAUUUGUUUUGGAUUUCGCCAUGUUGUGGGAUUAUGAUUCUGAGCAGUCUGUUACAUGAGUGAGUGUAUUUGUGUGUGUGUGUGUGUGUGUGUGUGUCUGCAUUAAGACAGUAAAUGCAGGCAGCUGCUCUGAAGUGACUUUCAUCCAGAAAUAGUUGCAGUCUUGUUACCAAGAGAGAUUUCAAAAGUUGUCCUAUUUAAAUCUCUUCCAGUAACAAAGAAAAAGGGCAGAAUUGCAAGGCUGAAAUGCUGCUUUUGUCUCCCUUGCAUUCUUAUCUAACACUGUUGUUACCUAACUUUCAUUAUAGGUAAGGGCCUUACAUAGAUUUAGUUUCUGCUUUAGUUUCUCUAGUUUGGUUGAAUCCAUGAUUUGACUCCAUCUUUUCUUCUUCUUAAAGGGAUAGUUCACCCAAAAAAAUGAAAAUUACCCCGAUGAUUUACUCAACCUCAAGCCAUUUUAGGUGUAUAUGACUUCUUUCAGACAUGAUCUGAGAAAAAUAUCCAAUCCAGUCUGCCAGAAGCUAGUUAUUUUAGUUUAUAAAGUUUUAAAUAUGGAUAUUUUUCUUACAAAAACCCAUCGCUUCACUUCAGAAGGCCUUUAUUAACCCCCUGGAGCCGUAUGGAUUAUUUUUAUGAUGGAUGAAUGCAUUUUUGGGGUGGGGGCUUCAAAAUCUCACCCCCAUUCACUACCAUUAUAAAGCUUGGAAGAGCCAGGAUAUUUUUAAAUAUAUCUCCGAUUGUGUUUGUCUGAAAGAAGAUAGUCAUAUACACCUAGGAUGACUUGAGGGUGAGUAAAUCAUGGGAUAAUUUUCAUUUUUGGGUGAACUAUCACUUUAAUACAUGUUGCAACUUGGUCCCUGGUCAUUUAUUAGAAGUUAGAUAAUAUAGCAUUUCAUUUUAUCAUUACUUUGAGGUGUUAUGUCUUGGACACAGAUAUGACAUUCAACAGCAGCAGCCUUGAGAUUAUUUCAUUGCGAUCUGUGAAGUUCAGCUUUAGUUCUUAUCGAAGUAUCUGAUAGGACAUCGCUGUUACGAUAAGAACAUUUCAACUUUGUGGUGAGUGGCGUUUAUCUGAGAGGGCUUUUACUAUUUAUUAUACGUUGUAUUGAGAGCAUCUGACUUUCGAAAAAAUGGGGAACUUUAUCGAAGACAGUAGGGAAAUGUACUUGAUAAUCCUGAUUUUUGGGAUUUAAUUUUGUAUAUAAAUGGGAGAGAGUGACUUCAAACAGUCAUCGAAGGGAAACAAGGUGCAAUACAGGGACAAGAUGAACAUUCCAUGCUCGUUUUACACCAACAUUUCUACGCUUUUUAUAAAAACUAAGCUCACAGAAACACUAACAACUGAUCGGUACUCCUGUUUCUUCAUUGUAUAGCUUUUUAAUGUUAUUGUUUGAUUUAGGUGAAUAUCUAAUGGUCAUUUACCAUUUUAUUAUCUCAGAAAUACUGUAAUAUUUCCCACAACUGAAAUACAUAAUUUAUUUGCCUUUUUUUGUCCGUUCACAGCUCAUUCAGUGUAACAGUAGAAUAAGUGAUUAGGGGGGGGGAAAUGUUUUUUUAGUGUUUUCUAGAUUCAUCCAUUGCUCCACAUGCGUUCUUGAGCCCUAAGUCUGUGGUACUUGUAUUUUCACACUCCUCAAAAUCAUUAUAAUAUGUAAUUAUAUGUUAAUGCCGCACUACAUGCAAUAUAGAUGUAUGAACACUGUGUAACAACACAAUGUGAGAUUGACUAUGCAGUGUUUGUGCUUGUCCUGUUGUUUCCCGACGCUCGACAGAUGCUGAGUGAUUAUUUGGACGGUAGUUUUUUCAUACGCAGUUCCCCAGUGACACUAGCGCUAUACUAGUGCUAUUUUUCAAAAAGAGAAGCAUAUGUGGUUGUUUAAAGAUGUUUUAGUGGUACUAAGACCAUGUUUCUUGUCCCAUGCCUGUUCUUUUGGUUCGUCAGUGAUCAAAAUGAACAGAAAUGUGCCAAAAUUGUGGUGGGAAACUCUCACAGUCCUUCAUACUGGAAAAUGAAAGAUAUCUCUGUGUCAUGAAGCUGUACAUAAAUAUUAUGUAGACAUAUUGGUUAGAAAUAAAUUAUAUUUUUAAAACACUAAAUGAUUCUAUUAAAAAGGACUUAUUAUUCACAUGGGGAAGUCAUGGUUGCAAAUGAAGAAAUUACAAGCUGUUGACUGUUGGAGAUUUUAUUAUUUCAAUCAGGUCCCUUAUGGAGACCUGGAUCAUUUUGAAGUUUGUUCUGUAGAGUAGCCUAAACUAAAAGUACUGUAACUUCUUACUACUGUGGAUUGAAUCCCCACACACACAUAUACAUGAACAUCUGGAUAUGUUGAGAACCUAUUAGACUGUCACUUUUCUCAGUUACACACCUUGUAUGCAAAAAACACACCUGUCGGUUUUGUCCUCUUUUCAUGUGUGUAUUUUUUUUAGGUCCACAAAAGAAAUGUACAAUGUUUGUUUGUUUGUCUGAGAGAAAAAUACCAGGACUCAAACUCUAAUGGAAAGUGUGAUAACUGUAAGUGCACUUUAUCAUAGCAGAACCAAAAAAGUUUCUCGUAGGAACUGGAAUCCUGAAUGAGAUUCUUUUGGUUUAUUUUCCUUUCCUCAAUAAAUGAAACACAACUUUA